UCCCAUUUAUGCACUCAGUAAUGAUAGUGAUGUUUGAAACUCUGUGUUCUUCAGCAUUCCCUUUUCUCUGUCAUGACAUGUAGGUGAGGAAGGGGGGGUUGCAGUUAGAGUUGAGGCAGUGUAAAGAUGAGGAGAAGAGGAGAGAACUGCAGGGGAGAUUAAAAGAGUAUGAUGAGGAGUCAGAGACACUGAAAAGAUUGCAGAAAAUAGUGGAGAGGAAGAAGGGGUUGCAGUCAGAGUUGAGUGAGUGUAAAGAUGAGGAGAAGAGGAGAGAACUGCAGGAGAGGUUGAAAGAGUAUGAUGAGGAGUCAGAGUCACUGGAAAGACUGCUGGAAAUAAUGUCAGAGCUGAAGAAGUGUGAAGAUGAGGAGAAGAGGAGAGAACUGGAGAAGGAGAUGAGAGAGUGUGAUGAGGUUUCAAAGAAACUAAGGAGACAGAACAGAGUUAAGGUAUGCCACAAGCAGGAUAAGAAUUAACUACUUGGUUGUGUUUGUUUGUCUGUCUGUGUGUCUUCCUACACUUAUUCCGGCACUACAGGCUACGAGGUGCAAUAUGAGUGGUACUAGCAGCUUUAGAGCUACAUAUGAGGGCAUGAAAGUUAUUCCUGAAAUGACAAGUGAAAGCAGUUGCAUAUCAGCACUGGCUU